AUGAAAAACCACACAAUUACAACAUUCAUUCUGUUGGGACUAACAAAUGACCCUCAACUUCAGAUUCCAAUUUUUGUUUUUCUAUUUUUCACAUACAUGUUGAGCAUAACUGGAAAUCUUACGAUCAUAUUUCUCACUUUAUUUGACUCUCAUCUUAAAACACCCAUGUACUUCUUUCUACAAAAUUUUGCUUUAAUAGAAAUUUCAUUUACAUCUGCUUGCAUCCCUAGAUAUUUGUACAACAUAGCAACAGGUGAUAGGUCAAUUACAUACAGUAUUUGUGUCAUUCAAGUGUUUUUUACAGAUAUUUUUGGAGUAAUAGAAUUCUUUCUUCUGGCCAUAAUGUCCUGUGACCGCUACGUGGCCAUCUGCAAGCCCCUGCAUUAUAUAACCAUCAUGAACAGAAGAGUCUGUAGGAGCCUUGUCCUCUGCUGUUGGCUGGCAGGCUUGUUGAUCAUACUCCCACCACUGACCCUGUUCCUAAAUUUGAAAUUCUGUAACUCAAAUAUUAUUGAUUAUUUCUUCUGUGAUGCAUCUCCUAUCUUGAAGAUUUCUUGCUCAGACACUUGGCUCAUAGAGCAGUUAGUGAUUGUCUGCGCUGUUCUGACCUUCAUUCUGACGCUCAUGUGUGUUAUUCUGUCCUACAUUUACAUCAGCAAGACCAUUCUAAGAUUCCCCUCUGCCCAGCAACGAAAGAAGGCCUUUUCCACCUGCUCUUCUCACGUGAUUGUGGUUUCCAUCACCUAUGGGAGCUGUAUCUUCAUCUAUAUAAAUCCUUCAGCAAAGGAAUCCGUGGCCAUUAAUAAAGGUGUGGCAGUGCUAAUGACAUCCAUUGCACCUGUAUUGAACCCGUUCAUUUACACUCUAAGAAACAAGCAAGUUAGACAAGCCUUCACUGACUCAUUCAAAAAAUUUGCUUUGGUCACAAAGAAAAAAGAGAUUGGUUAAGUAUAGAAAUAAAAUAUCAACUAAUCAAAGCCCAUUAAACUCCA